CUGAGGAGUAGAGUGAACAGAGAGUUUAGAGACAGGAGAACACUCUGUGUGACUGCGUCUACCACCCCACCUCACUCCACCUCCCGGUCCAGCUCCAUGGAGGACUGUAUGAGUCAGAGCUCUGGCAGGAGAGUCUCUGUUUAGAAGAUUUUCAAAACACACACUCUGCUUUAAUGGGGUCAAUUGCCUGAACCCUGAACUUUCCACCCUGCAUUUCAUCCUGGCUUUUUUUGUUUUCGCAACUAAAUUGAUUCUGUUUCACAAUGCCUUAUUUUCCCUUUAUAGUGCUCAUUUGAAAUGCUUUCUAUUGGGUGUUUAAAAGCUUAAGAACAUGAGUAUUUCCCCUGUGCACAUCUGCAUGCUGGAUGAAGCUAAUUGGAUCACCGUGCAAAGUUGGGCGUUAAAUUGCUUUUUUUUUUUGCAGGGGAUAAACUUCUCUUUUUUGGGGAAAAAUGGACCAGGCUGGUGCACACAAUUACGGUGUUGUAGGGUGCAUGCACAUUAGUAAAUUACGGCCGUCCUCAAGUGAGAAGAAAAGGAUCGCCCACACAGCAUGAUGCAUGGAAGACAUAAAACGUUCAGUGAUCUGCCCGCAGCUAUGCCGAAAGGGGAGUCGUGCUGGAUCCUGACCAUCCGUAAUCAGAUGUGAGAGGAGGACUUACAGCUGGCCGAGCUGCCAAACUCAGGCAAGCUUGUAAUCGACAGGAAAUAGUAGAUGGGGAGGCUCCGUGUUGCAGUGGUGGGUGCGGGGGCCGCAGGGCUGUGUGCUGCCCGACACAUCUUGUCUCGACCCAAAGCGUUUGACCCCCCGGUGGUGUACGAGCUGACCGACCACGUGGGUGGCACGUGGUUCUAUGAGGAACGUGUGGGCACGUACGACAAUGGCCUGCCUGUCCAAAGCAGCAUGUAUAGAGACCUCAGAACGAACCUGCCUAAGGAGGUUAUGAUGUUCCCUGAUUUUCCCUUCGACUCCCACCUGCCCUCUUUUAUAUCCCACCAGGAUGUUCAGCAGUAUUUGGAGAGAUAUUGCGAGAGUCAUGACAUCACACCGCAUUUAAAGUUCAACACCGUGGUGGAAGAGGUGAAGCCCAUCUCCAUGGAGACGGAGGAGGGGGGAGCUGUGACGUGGGAGGUAAUUUCGCGUGGCAUGUACGGAGGGCACAGCACACAGACAUUCGACUCGGUGUUCAUCUGCAGUGGACAUUACUCCGUGCCCCACCUGCCCUCCAUUCCGGGAAUAGAGCAUUUUAAAGGAAAGGUGAUGCACAGCCACUCUUAUCGCUCUCCAGAGCCAUUCGCCCACCAGUCUGUCGUGGUUCUGGGUGCUGGAGCAUCUGGAGUUGAUAUCUCGCUCGAACUGAUUCAGGCUAAAGCUAAGGUGACCCUGAGCCAUAAUAAGCCAGCUCUGCAGUCCUCCUUGCCCCCAGAAAUCCAGCAUGCAGCCCCUGUGGUGAAGGUCUUGGAGAAUGGCUCUUUGCAAUUCCAGGAUGGAUCUGUGGCCCAAGCUCAAGUUCUUCUGCUUUGCACUGGAUACAACUUUCACUACCCAUUCCUCUGCCCCAAACAGCUUGGCCUGGAGGUAGAGCACCACCUAGUGGCUCCUCUGUAUAAGUACCUGCUGCCUCCAGCCUUCCCCUCUAUCUUCUUUGUAGGCAUCUGCAAAAUCAUCUGUCCUUUCCCUCAUUUCGAUUGUCAGGUCCAGUUUGCACUUGGAGUCCUUGAAGGCACGGUUCAGUUGCCCUCAUCUAAAGUGAUGGCAGAAGAAGCUGAAAAAGAGAGACAGAGGAAGACACAGAAGGGCGUUCAAGUGAAACACCUUCUGCAGAUGGACUCAGAACAGUGGGCGUACUACCUAGACCUGGCAACCACAGCAGGCUUCCCACCUCUGCAGCCGGUUAUACAACGUCUUUAUGAAGAAGUAGGAAAACAGCGCCGGGCGUGCCCUCAGGCUUACAAACACAUGAACUACAGACUUGUUGAUGCCACACAAUGGCAGCUUCUGUAAACACCAUCUGCAAUGACAUAUAAGGUUUAGUUCAAGUCGCAGGACCAAGAGAAAGUGACUGUAGCUGUUCCAUCCAUCAGCUAACUAAUCGUGACCUUUCUAGUAUCCACUACAUUCAUGUAGUCUACUUCUGUAGAGAUGCUGUCUUUGUGAAGAAAGUACUGUCAUAUUAAACUUGACAUUUAACAUUCUCAGUACGACUGGAAAGUCGCACUACCACAGGGAACAGAUCCAUGAAUAGGAUGAAUAUUAAAUGACUCUGCAAAUCCUUUGGGAAUAGUUGUAUCAGGGCCAAGAUUAAUUCUUUUACUCAUACAAAUGAAAAGGACACUCUAAGGUAGUGCAUAGAUUACACAAGUAUUUAAUGUCAUUACUAUGGUGAGUGACUUUUCAAAUGCAAAUGUAAUAUUUACACGUUUCACUAAUUAGUGUGAUUUUCUUUGGUGUUAUUUUACCAAAAAAGACACUAAAACUGUUAAAAAAUUGUGCAGUUUCUAUUAACAUUAGUGUAUAAUAAUGUAUAAAGGGUUUAGCUGAUUAAAAGUCCUUUUCUUUUACUAUUUUUCAUUUCAUCUUAUUUUGUUGUAUUUACAAUUGAUUUACAUGAAAUUUCACUCUCUUCUUUCUAAUAAAUAAAAAACUACAGGCCUUUAUAAUCAUUUUAUGACUAGAGCGGAUCUGAAAUAAUAAGUGCAUUUGAGUGUUUAGUAAAAACUGAUUAAGGAGUUUUACCACUGGUUUGAUUUAUGGGUAAAACGGUUGCUAUAUUUACUGUUCUUCCACGCGCUUCCCAGUUACCAGAUCUUAAUCCAACAGAACAGACUGAAAGUAUUAAAGUACAUCCGCAAAAUCUGCAGGAAUGGUGUGAUGCAAUCAUGCCAAAUGUGGACCAGAAUCUCAAAGGAAUGUUUUCAAUGUCUUGUUGAAUUACUGUAAUCAAAAACUGAGGCUGCUUUUGACAAAUGGAGGCACUAUACCCAAUACUCCCUGUUCGGUUUGGUAAAUGUGUACAAUAAAUGCUUUUAAUGAUAAAGAA